CGUGGAUGUGAAGACCCAAGUGCAGGCAGACGAGGUAGGACGCAGACUGGUGUCACAGAGGAGAAAAACAUCAGCAUGGACCUCUCAGACGCUCUCAGUGAUGAGCCUGUCGAUGGCAAGAAGCUAGAAGGUCCCUGUCCCACCAAUCCAACAUGGGCAGGUCAACCAGGUGUCAACCCCUCCUGGCCUGGAGGUCAACCAGGUGCCAAUCCCACCUGGCCUGGAGGUCAACCAGGUGCCAACCCCAUCUGGCCUGGAGGUCAGCCAGGUGCCUACCCUGCUUGGCCUGGAGGUCAACCGGGUGCCAAUCCCACCUGGCCUGGAGGUCAACCAGGUGCUAACCCCACCUGGCCGACUUGGCCUGGAGGUCAACCAGGUGCUAACCCCACCUGGCCUGAAGGUCAACCAGGUGCCAACCCUACAGGACCUAGAGGUCUUUUUGAAGGACAAGGCAUGUGGCAUGGUGGAAACCCUGUUCAACCCAUUGGACCAUGCCCCUUUCCCAAUCCCACUGAACCUGGAAUAUGCCCUGAUCCUUCACGUGGACCUGGACCUAACAUCCCCACUGUCACCCAACAUAAUCUGGCCAUCCCCUACGAGGUGGCAUUGCCAUAUGGAGUGUUUGACAAAAUGCUCAUAACUAUCACUGGAACUAUCAAACCAAAUGCUGACAAGAUCACUGUGGACUUUUCUACAACCCGUGAUGUGGCCUUCCACUUUAACCCUCGCUUCAAUGAGUUUGGCAGGGCAGUAAUUGUCAGGAACAGCUGCAUUGGCCAGAACUGGGGCAAAGAAGAGCGAGAUCUGUCUCACUUUCCUUUUAUCCGGGGUCAGCCAUUUGAGAUAAAAAUCCUGUGCACCAACCAAGUAUUUAAGGUAGCCGUUAACAAGGGUCACCUCCUUGAGUUCAAACACCGGAUCACCAACCUGAGAUCAAUCAACAGAGUCAGCAUCUACAAUGACCUCAACCUUUCUGCCGUACAAAUGGAGACGAUGCCCUGAACCAGAUUCCUGAAAAACCAGAGGAAUGGGGACCUAAAGAAGACCCCACUGCGCCCCCCCCUCCCCCAGAGAAGACCUCCUCCCUCUUUAAUAAAACAGCUUCACUUCAUACAAACCAUACAGCCAUCUUCACUCAAAACAUAAAUGCAAAACCCAAUGAAUAAAUAUAAAAAUGAGUAAAUAAAGAAAUCAUAACUAAAAUAUAUCUUUUUAUUAAUACGUCACUGCUGCCAAGCAAUUUCAACUAACUGAGGCACUGGCUCAAUGAGGAACUGUUUUUCUAGACUUCACCUGUGGGUGGUGGUAAUGUACCAAAAGGUGUGCAGUCUGCCAAAAAGGCAGACAAAGGAGCAGAAGAAGAAAACCGAAAAGCCCUGCAGGUGUAAGUUUAAAUGAAU